AUGGAAGCCAAGAUUUUUGACUUUUUAUUUGUUCAUUGCUAUGAUUAUGAUCAUGAUCAGGUCCAGGAACGUUUGAGUGGAAGGACUCCUGUGUUCUCCAAGGAUAAAUUAUCGGCUGCAUUUCAGCACCUAUAUAUUGUUAGAUCUUUGCACAAUGAAAAUAUUGCAUGCUACGUCACCGUUAGAGGUGACAAGGCAAAGCCUCUUUCAGAGAGUGACUUGAAAGUGAAGGAAUAUGAGUUGCUUAGGAGGAGCUCAAGUCGUUCUGGAUGUUUCAGUUUAGGCAUCCAGGACAAUAUCGACCUUGGAUCAUGCCUGUCACUCUCCAUUCAUUAA